AUGCUAAGGUCUGCUGAAAAUUUGAAUCGUAAGCUAAGUCGGACGUCGCUAUUAAAGAACGUUAAAAUAUAUCAACCUAGUAUAUCUGAUGUUGAACUUGGAUGUACGUGCCGGUCUUUUAGCAGUUUGGUUCAAAAACCAAACCAAACUACAGUUGGAAUAAGCCGGGGUAAUAAAGUUAUAUCUGGUUUAAAUAUUGGUGCUAGAAGGCCCAAUAUAAGUAGUAUACCGCCCAUUUCUACUGCAUUCAAUGUCGCUUCUGUUCGUAGCUAUGCUAAGAAUUAUAAUUUAAAUUUGAAUAAAGAUCAGGAGGGUGGAGAAUCAGCUUUACAACAGUUCGGUACGAAUUUAACGGAGUUGGCUAAACAGGGGAAAUUAGACCCAGUGAUUGGUCGUGAUCAGGAAAUAUCGAGAGCUAUCCAAAUUCUUUCGCGUAGAACCAAGAACAAUCCAGUGUUGAUCGGUAGAGCCGGUGUCGGUAAGACUGCGUUGAUUGAUGGUUUAGCUCAAAGAAUUGUUGCCAAUGAAGUGCCAGAAUCUUUGAAAGACAAAGACUUAUACGCUUUGGAUUUAAGUUCAUUGGUCGCUGGUGCUAAGUACCGUGGUGAAUUCGAGGAAAGGUUGAAGAACGUUUUGGAUGAAAUUGAUAAGUCCAAUGGUAAGAUCAUUGUUUUCAUCGAUGAAGUUCACAUGUUACUAGGCUUGGGUAAGACAGAUGGCUCUAUGGAUGCUUCGAAUAUCUUGAAACCGCGUUUGGCAAGAGGGUUACGUUGUAUCAGUGCUACCACAUUGGAUGAAUUCAAAAUCAUUGAAAAAGACCCUGCCUUGACCAGAAGAUUUCAGCCUAUCAUCUUGAAUGAACCUUCUGUUCAUGAUACAAUCUCAAUCUUGAGAGGUCUAAAGGAAAAGUAUGAAGUGCACCACGGUGUAAGAAUCACAGAUUCAGCCUUAGUUUCCGCUGCUGUGCUAUCCAACAGAUACAUUAACGACCGUUUCCUCCCAGAUAAAGCUAUUGAUUUGGUCGAUGAAGCAUGUGCUGUUUUACGUUUGCAACACGAGUCAAAGCCUGACUCCAUUCAAGCAAUUGAUCGGGCUGUUAUGACAAUGCAAAUUGAAUUAGAAUCCUUGAAGAAAGAAACUGAUCCCGUUUCUGUUGAAAGAAGAGAGGAACUUGAAAAGGAUUUGGAAGUGAAGAAGAAAGAAUUGGAGAGGUUGACUGAAAUUUGGGAAACCGAAAAAUCUGAAUUGGAUUCCAUCAAGACUGCCAAGGAAGAUUUAGAUAAGUUGAGAACCGAAUUGGAUAUUUGUCAAAGAGAAGGUGAUUAUGCCAAGGCUUCUGAACUAAGAUAUGCCAAGAUCCCUGAAUUGGAAAGAAAAGUAGCACUGAACAGCAAGAAGGAUACUGAAAACAACUUGUUACAUGACUCUGUUACCUCUGAUGACAUUUCUAAAGUCAUUGCCAAGAUGACAGGUAUUCCAAUGGAAACCGUUUUGAAAGGUGAUAAGGACAGAUUACUAUAUAUGCAGAAUUCAUUAAGAGAAAGAGUUGUUGGUCAAGAUGAAGCAAUCGAUGCUAUAAGUGACGCAGUGCGUUUACAAAGAGCUGGAUUGACCAGUGAAAAGAGACCUAUUGCUAGUUUCAUGUUUUUGGGACCUACUGGUACCGGUAAGACAGAAUUAACUAAAGCUUUGGCAGAGUUUUUGUUUGAUGAUGAAUCUAACGUUAUCAGAUUUGAUAUGUCUGAAUUCCAGGAGAAACAUACAGUAUCAAGAUUAAUCGGUGCACCUCCCGGUUAUGUGUUAAGUGAAAGCGGUGGUCAGUUAACUGAAGCCGUGAGACGUAAGCCAUAUGCUGUUGUAUUAUUUGAUGAAUUCGAAAAGGCUCAUCCAGAUGUUUGUAAAGUCUUAUUGCAAGUAUUGGAUGAAGGUAAACUAACAGAUUCUCAAGGUCACCAAGUUGAUUUCCGUAACACCAUUGUUGUUAUGACAUCGAACAUCGGCCAAGACAUUUUGCUGCAUGAUACCGAAUUAGGUGAUGAUGGUAAGGUUAGCAAGAAGACUAAGAGAAGCGUAAUUGAAGCUGUUAAAAAGAACUAUCCUCCAGAAUUUGUCAAUCGUAUUGAUGAUUUGAUUGUCUUUAACAGACUAUCAAAAGAAGUUCUCCGUUCAAUCGUCGAUAUUAGACUCAAGGAAAUUCAAGAAAGAUUGAACGACAAGCGUAUGACCCUAAAUCUAACUGACGAAGCUAAGGAUUGGUUAACUGAAAGAGGUUAUGACCCAUUGUACGGUGCUAGACCUUUGAACAGAUUGAUCCAUAAACAAAUCCUAAAUCCAAUGGCUAUUCAAUUGCUAAGGGGUCAAUUGAGACACGAGGAGACUGUAAAUGUGGUUAUUGAAGAUAGCAAGUUAGUGGUUAAACCAAACCACGAUCCCGAAUCAAGUGAACUCGGAAAUGACAAGCAAGCUGAUGUUGAGUAA